AUGGACGCCAAGCCCGCGUCACAGUCGUCGUCACAGUCGUCGCCGCGCAUCGCUCACACCCUAACCGCGUGCGUGCGCUGUCGCACGCGGAAGACAAGGUGCGAUCCCGGCCUGCCCCGGUGCGGCCCUUGCGAGCGAAACAACGCCCAUUGCGAGUACUUCGACCCCGCCAAGAACGCAAAGAUACCGCGCAACUAUGUCGUCCACCUGCAACACAAGGUCCGCGACCUGGAGCGUCACCUUGACGAGCUCGAAAAGGGCGACUACGACCCUGAUCCCGAAGACGCCGUCCGCGGCCCCGCCGCCGUGCGCAUCCACGAGAGCGAUGAAACCAAGUUCCUCGGGCCCUCCAGCGGCAUCGGCAUCACCAAGCUCGUCAUGCAGCUGGCCAAGCAGUUCACAGACUCCAAGAGCAUAACCGACAUCGUGCCCGACUCCCGCGCCCGCAUGAUCAAAGAGAGCUUUGCCCAGGAAGAGGCCAAACCCACGUCCAAGGUCUAUCCGCUGAUCAGCGAUGUGGCAGCCGAGGAACUGCCCAACAGAGACCUCACCAACCUUCUGGUCCAGUUGUUCUACCUUAAAGUCCAGCCAAUGUAUCCCGUCUUCCAUGAACCUUCGUUCCUGCAGGAUGUGGAUGCUGUAUACAAUGGCUCAACAAACGCCUACCAAAACUUCACUGUUCGAAUGGUCAUCGCCAUCAGCCUACAGAAAAUGGACACUCAGUACGCCGGCUUGGCGGACGCGUACUACCUGGCUGCUCUCCGCUACAUGGAGUCUGCCGUCAAACCCAUGGACUUGGGAACAAUUCAAUGUUUUUGCCUCAUCGCUGGCUAUUCGCUCACCACGCCCACCCGGACCGCAGUGUACUACAUUGUUGGCUUGGCUGUCAGGCUUGCAGAGGCUCUUGGCUUUAACGAAGAAAAGACCAUCACUCUAGGCAAAGGCGGGAAACCAGCGGAUCCACUUGAGGUUGAUAUGAGGAGACGGGUGUUUUGGAGCACCCUUACCAUGGAUCUCGGCUUGUCCCAUAGCCUUGGGCGGCCAGCUAUACUUGCAACUAGGCACGAGCACCUGGACGUUCAAUUCUUCUCUACGGUCGAAGACCAGUUCAUCACACGCAGCGGCAUUCUCCCUGCCCAGCCUUGCUUGAAGAAGUGGAUAGCCAUUCAUUUUUUCCGCAUGCGGCUACUUCAGCUCGAAAUCAGGAGAAAGCUGUAUCAGAAAAAAAGACCGGAGCCAAAAGAUGACCAACACCCGUGGUUUCAACAAAUGGAAGCAAAGCUAAUUGCAUGGAGAGAUACGAGCCCUGAAGUUGAUGGUGGCUCUGGAUUAAACAAAGUCUGGUUCACGGGGAGAUACAACACGAUGAUUGUGUUCCUGUUUCGGCCUUCGCCGCAAGUUCCUAGGCCUUCGGUCAGGGCGGCGAUUCAUUGUUACGAUGCUUGCGAAUAUAACAUCUACAUGCAGCGCAACCAGAUCGAGACAAGAAGUGUCGAGUUGACCUGGAUUUUCACUCAGUCAAUUUUCAUGGCCAUAAACACCAUGCUGUGGUCUCUUUCUUACGCCGAAGUACGUCGAAUGCACUCCCGAGAGGACGUUGAACGUCAUUUGCAGGUUGCCUUGGAGGCCAUCGAGCUUGCUUCAGAAAGGUGGCCAGGAGUAGCUUCGGCACGGGCACUUUACCAGAACCUCAUUGAGGCGUGCUUGAAAAUCUACGAAAAGAAGGGAGACGUACCGAUAGCCGCGAGCUCUCCGUCUGAUAGCGCCUCUGCUGCGUCGCCCAGUGUAAGGGAUGAUGUCAGCGUUCGGUCCCGGACAAUGAGUCCGGCGACUGCAUCGAGCGUCUCACUAUCGACCCCGCCAGAUCGACCGGAACCUCCUUUUGGCUAUAUCAACAAAAUCGAUUUUCAUGGCACCAACGGACAAGCACCAACAAGCCUUCCGCAAGUCCCGCAACAGCAUCCGCUGCGAGUGCCUGUACCGCAACCUGGGCUUCCGACGUCAUUACCAAUGAACAUUGAAAUGACAUCAAACGGCCAAUUGCCAAACGCUACAAGCUCCGGAUACGACCAACAUACUCCUUAUAAUGCCAUACCUACAUCAUUUCCUGAGCUGCCCGCAUGGAAUCCUACAUUUCCAACGACCCAAGGCCAGCCCGAAUCCUUUGGGAUGUUGAGUGCUCCACCUCAAUACCAAAACGCCAGCUUAGGGGAUUUUUCCGGAGCUCCACUUGCAACAGCAGUCGAUGCCUUGUAUGCAGACUACUUUGAUCCGAACCAACCUUCAUGGUCAACCGAUCGACCGGGAGUAGGGUUGAACCAAGCACAACAGUUCGAGCUUUUGCAAGACCUCGAGGCUCAUGGGACGGGCCAGAUUGAAAGCAUGAUAGAGGAGAGCAAUGCUCUUUUUGCGCCAUCUACAAGGACGUUUUGA